UUUUAUGGCUGUGGCUGCAACCUUUUCGAGGAGCUUGCUGUCUCCCUUCGGGGAACGUUUCUUGUGUGGAUUUCCGAAACGCAUUUCUCCCCGAGAGAGAAGCGUUGGACUGAGCGGGAUUUUCUUUCAGCCAGGAAAUGGAACAACACCUCGUGAGUUGCCCCGUUUGCUCCCAUGAGCUUCCAGCCCCUUGCAUCAACUCCCACCUGGACAAAUGUUUGCAGGGCAAAGGGGGAGACGAUCCCGUCUCAGAGGGUGGGGGUAACGGCAGCUCCCCGAAGGAGACGGGGAUGGGCCUGCAGCAGCCCUGCAAGAAGAAAAUGCGCCGGUCGAAGUCUCCAGAGGGCGGCAAACGCGAAGAGGAGCCGGGCAGCAGCCUCAACACCCUCCCGGUGUUUUCCCUUUUCCAGAAAGGAAGAGGAUGCUCGGGAGCAGGGGCGCCCCUGAAGGGCGCUGCUGCUGCGUCUCCAUCCCGAGCAGAGAAGCAGCUGCACAGGGAGGAUCCUGGUAUCAGCCCCCGUGCCUCAGUUCCGGAGUUGGGCGGCGAGAAUCUGGCCCAAAAACUCGAAGGGAAGCCCCUGGCGGAUAAGCUGCGGCCGGACACUUUGAGCGACUAUAUGGGGCAGGAUCAAGUGGUGGGAGAACAGACUCUUUUGCGGUCCCUGCUGGAAGCCCACGAAAUCCCUUCCCUCAUUUUCUGGGGGCCGCCCGGCUGCGGCAAGACUACGCUGGCACAUAUUAUAGCAAAAGGCAGCAAGAAGAAAGGUGCAAGGUUUGUGACAUUAUCAGCCACAAGUGCCAAAACCAAUGAUGUCCGUGAAGUUAUCUCCCAAGCCCAAAAUGAAAAGAGACUCUUCAAAAGGAAAACUAUCCUCUUCAUUGAUGAAAUACACCGUUUCAAUAAGUCUCAGCAGGACACCUUCCUACCUCACGUGGAGUGUGGGACCUUGACUCUGAUUGGGGCAACCACAGAAAAUCCUUCGUUCCAGGUCAAUUCUGCACUUCUUAGCCGGUGCCGUGUUAUUGUUCUGGAGAAGCUUUCGGUGGAGGCAAUGGAAGCUAUUCUGAUGAGAGCUCUCAGGUCCCUGGGGAUCCGGAUUUUAAGCCCAGAUGAGCAACACGCUGGCUCAGUGAAUGGCAGCAACAGCGAGAUCUCCGAAUCAUGCAUUUGUAUUGAGAGAAGAGCGGUAAGCACACUUGCCUACCUCUGUGAUGGUGAUGCAAGAACCGGACUGAAUGGACUCCAGAUGGCUAUCCAGGCCCAGUUAACUCAGCUCCCCCAUCAGAAUAACAUGCUUGGCCACACAGCUGAUGGAAUAGUCAUAACAGAGGAUCACGUGAAGGAAGGACUUCAGCGGUCCCACAUUCUGUAUGAUCGAGCAGGUGAAGAACAUUACAACUGCAUCUCUGCCCUUCAUAAAUCUAUGCGAGGCUCAGAUGAAAAUGCUUCUCUUUACUGGCUUGCCCGAAUGCUUGAAGGUGGAGAGGAUCCUCUAUAUGUGGCAAGGCGAUUGGUGAGAUUUGCAAGUGAAGAUAUAGGACUGGCUGAUCCCUUGGCCUUAACGCAAGCCGUGGCUGCUUAUCAGGGCUGCCACUUCAUUGGCAUGCCAGAAUGCGAGGUCAUCCUUGCCCAGUGCGUCAUCUAUUUUGCCAGAGCGCCAAAGUCCAUAGAGGUGUACAGCGCUUAUGGCAAUGUCAAGGCAUGCCUGAGAAACCAUGAAGGACCGCUUCCACCUGUUCCUUUGCACUUAAGGAAUGCGCCAACCAGGCUCAUGAAGGACCUCAGCUACGGAAAAGGAUAUAAAUACAACCCCAUGUAUAAGGAACCCGUUGAUCAGGAUUAUCUGCCUGAGGAACUAAAAGGGGUUGAUUUUUUUAGAGAGAGAAGAAUGUAAUGUUACCCAUUAUUGUCUUUCCCCAGCACUGCACAAACACAUGCACACAAUAUUAAUACUGUGAUUUCUAAGACCUUUAUAUUUCCUGGUCUGACAAGGAUUGAAUCAGGUUGCUCAUAAUAACAUUUGAUACAUGCAUUGGUAAUGACUACAGACUGUUUGGCUGAGGCUGAGCUAGGUUAAGUUUACAUUGUGAAGGGCUAUGAAAGAAAAAAUGGAUGGAAAAAAAUAAUUUAACUGAGAAUUAAAUGCCAUAUUAUUUUUGAUAUUAUAAAAUUUGUAAAUAAAGUUGAUUCUAAAAUUA